UGCUGCACCGCAGCACCGGCAAGUUCCACUACAAGAAGGAAGGCACCUACUCUAUCGGCACCGUGGGCACCCAGGACGUGGACUGUGACUUCAUCGACUUUGCCUACGUCCGCGUCUCCUCCGAGGAGCUCGACCGGGCCCUCCGCAAGGCCGUCGGGGAGUUCAAGGACGCGCUGCGCAACUCAGGCAGCGACGGGAUGGGGCAGAUCUCCCUGGAGUUCUACCAGAAGAAGAAGUCACGUUGGCCCUUCUCGGACGAAUGCAUCCCCUGGGAGCUGUGGACCAUCAAGGUGAACGUGGUGAACUUGGCUAACGAGCAGGAGCGGCAGAUCUGCCGGGAGAAGGUGGGCGAGAAGCUCUGUGAGAAGAUCAUCAACAUCGUGGAGGUGAUGAACCGCCACGAGUACCUGCCCAAGAUGCCCACCCAGUCGGAGGUGGACAACGUCUUCGACACCAGCCUGAAGGACGUGCAGCCCUACCUGUACAAGAUCUCCUACCAGAUCACGGACUCCCUGGGCACCUCAGUCACCACCACCAUGCGCCGGCUCAUCAAGGACACGCUGGCUUUGUAGGGCCGGGUGCCACCGAGGCAGGUUCACCCCACGUGGUGGCACCUCUCCAGCACAGCCCCUGGCUCUUUGGGACAGCGUCUCUGCUUGGAUCCUUCCUCUCCAUCCCCAAAAAGCCUCUGCGGGGAGCUGGACUCGGCCUGGCCCUUAAUUGGGGGUUGCUGCUGGUUUGGUUUGCACCGUGAGGCACUCGCCCAUCCCGGAGAACCGGCUCGGUGGCUCCCAGUUUGGCUGAGGGGUGGUGAGUCCUCGGGGC